UCAGACAAAUUUUCAAAAAAAAGAAAAAGCCAAAAGGUUUCACUAUCCUCGGCUCACCCUCUGUUCUGAAACUAAUCUUUUUCUUCUCUCUUUCUCUGUGAAUCGUUACUUGCUCUGCAACUCUAUGCCUCGUUCGCUCAUCAAACGACGCUCCUAGCGGAACUCCUCUCUUUUCUCUGUAGAUGGUUCUCCUCUCUCCCUCACCAAACAACGCUAACCCGCUUUUCUCUCACCAAACGAUGUCGGCAUUCCCUUUUUACUAAGCAAAAGCUUUUGGACAAUUGAUUUUUUUAUGGCUGUAGUGAAUUUGGCAGGGAAGAAGAUGGCAGCGAUAAUGGAUGGCCCUGUCCAACCUGGUCGAAUCAGGGUUCUUAAAGAAGGAUCAACCAAGCAAACGGGUCCCAUUGUGUACUGGAUGUUUAGAGAUCAACGGAUAAGAGAUAAUUGGGCCUUAAUGUACGCCAUUCAUCAGGCUAACAAGGCCAGUGUGCCUGUUGCUGUUGCUUUUAAUUUGUUCGAUCAGUUUUUGGGAGCCAAAGCGAGGCAAUUAGGGUUUAUGUUAAAGGGUUUGCGUCAACUUCAGGGAAAAAUUGAAGAGACCCUUCAAAUUCCAUUUUUCUUAUUCCAGGGCGAAGCUGAAGAGACUAUUCCGAAUUUUGUAAGAGAGUGUGGGGCUUCUCUUUUAGUUACUGAUUUCUCACCUCUAAGGGAAGUCCGUAAGUGUAAAGAUGAAAUUUGCUUGAGGGUUAGUGAUUCAGUGGCUAUACAUGAAGUUGAUGCUCACAAUGUAGUUCCUCUUUGGGUAGCGUCGGAAAAGUUGGAGUAUAGUGCUAAGACGUUAAGGAGCAAGAUAAAUAAAAGGCUACCUGAUUAUCUCAUUGAUUUUCCUGUAUUGCAACCACCUUGUAAAAAGUGGGCUGCUACUGCAAAUCAGUCGAUUGAUUGGGAAAGUCUCUUUGAAGAAGUGGCAAGGAAAGGGGCAGAAGUUCCUGAAAUUGAGUGGUGCAUGCCAGGUGAAGAAGCAGCAAUGGAAGUAUUAAUGGGAAAUAAAAAUGGAUUCUUGACCAGAAGGUUGAAGAAUUAUUCUACAGAUAGGAAUGUCCCAUCAAAACCUAAAGGGCUCUCUGGUCUCUCUCCAUAUCUUCAUUUUGGGCAAAUAUCUGCACAGAGGUGUGCGCUGGAGGCACAGAAAGUGAGGAAGCUAAGUCCUCAGUCAGUUGAUGCGUUUUUGGAGGAGUUGAUUGUUCGGAGAGAACUUGCAGAUAACUUUUGCUUCUACCAGCCUCAUUAUGAUUCAUUACAAGGGGCAUGGGAGUGGGCACGGAAUACCUUAAUGGACCAUGCUUCUGACAAGCGAGAACAUGUUUACUCGAUGGAGCAAUUAGAGAGGGCAGAAACAGCCGAUCCGCUUUGGAAUGCUUCUCAGCUGGAGAUGGUUUACUAUGGGAAGAUGCAUGGUUUUAUGCGUAUGUAUUGGGCAAAAAAGAUUCUUGAGUGGACAAGAGGACCUGAAGAAGCCCUUGCAAUAUCAAUUUAUCUAAAUGACAAGUAUGAACUAGACGGGAGGGACCCAAAUGGAUACGUUGGUUGCAUGUGGUCAAUAUGUGGUGUUCAUGACCAGGGUUGGAAAGAACGUCCAGUUUUUGGUAAAAUUCGUUAUAUGAACUAUGCAGGCUGCAAAAGGAAAUUUGAUGUUGAUGGCUACAUUGCCUAUGUGAAGAGGUUUGUAAAUGAAACUAAGAAGAGAAAAGCAGAAACUCAGCUCGGUGGAAAAACAAAAGAGAUGGAUGCUAACCCUAAAAGAGAGGAGGCUAUAAUAUUCUAUCGUAGGCUUAAAGGCGUUGUUUUGGAAUUAGAGAAUGUUUCAGACUAAUGCAUCUAAACCAUUGUUUUGAAGAUGUUCUCAACUCCGUACUAAUGAACAGAUUUUUAAUUUCCAUCUC